AUGUCGUACAACCUCGACGACUUCCAAGUGAUUCGCGAGGGCAAGGCCGAGAUCCUCGCCCCCAAGGAGGAAAAGGUGUUCUACAACCCAAUCCAGCAGUUCAACAGAGAUUUAUCGGUGACAGCCAUCAACGCCUGGGCCGAGUUGCGCCAGGAGACGCUCGAGAAGAAGCGUGCCAAGAAGGAGCAGGCUCAGAAGGAGAAGUUCCAGUUCGACAUUCUCGAGGCCCUCCUGGCCACCGGCUUGCGUGCCAUCCGUUACGGGCACGAGAUUCCCGGCGCCAGGCGCAUCGUGGCCAACGACUUGUUGCCAGAAGCGGUGGCAGCCAUCACACGCUCCGUCGAACACAACCGCCUCCAGCACAAGGUGGUGCCCAACCAGGGCGACGCCAUCAAGUACAUGGCAGCUACCAGCGACAAGUUCCACGUCAUCGACUUGGACCCCUACGGCACGGCUGCUCCGUUCAUUGACAGCGCCCUCCAGACCAUCGAAGACGACGGCCUUCUCUUGGUCACCUGCACCGACGCGGGAGUGCUUGCAGGCCUGGGGUAUCCCGAGAAGUGCUUUGCGUUGUACGGAGGCAACAACUUCGGCAAUGGAGGUUUCAUCAACGGCGAAAGCAACCACGAGGCUGGGCUCCGCUUGAUUCUCCACAUGAUCGCCACCACCGCCGCCAAGUACAAGAAAGCCAUUGAGCCUGUGUUGUGUCUCAGCAUCGACUUCUACAUGCGGUGCUUCGUGCGGGUACGUACGGCACCGCUCCAGGUCAAGCAGUUGAGUGCCUCCACGAUACUCGCCUACGGGUGCAAUGGAUGUGGCCACAAGCACUUACAGCCAUUGGGACGCACCAGUGGCUCCAAGCACCAGUACCCCAAGCUCGAGCGCACUAUCUCUGGCGAGUGUGCGUACUGUGGGUCGUUCUACACGGUGGCAGGGCCUAUGUGGGGCGGACGGCUCCACAACCACCAGUUCAUCGAUAGGAUGUUGGCGCUCAACGCCAGCGCUGAUCGCGCAGUGUACGGCACCACCGAGCGUAUCAAGGGCAUGUUGACGGUGGCACGCGCAGAGAUGGAGGACCAGCCGUUCUACUUCAACCUCAACCAGUUGUCGUCGAUCUUCAAGACGUCGCCCAUCUCCAUCAACGAGUUCGUGCGUGCGGUAGGUGGCUUGGGCCAUCGCGUGUCGUUGACCCACGCAAAGACAAACUGCAUCAAGACCGACGCUCCCUGGAAGACGAUUCUCCAGGUCAAGCGCGAGUGGUUGCGCAAGGGCAACGAGGAGUACCUUGCGCUGAUCGAGGGCAAGGAGCUUUCCGAAAAGAACCAGGCCAAAGCCGACAAAAUCAAGGUAGAUAUCUACUGCCUGCCCAACUUGAGCGAAACCACCACGGGAUACAAGAUCCUCCACCGGGUGCAGGAGCCUUUGGAGGUGAACUUUGCUACAGACAACGACAUGAGCGUGGAAAUCAACCGGUUGCGUAAGGUCAAGAUGGUGCGGUACCAGGAGAACCCCACCAAGAACUGGGGACCCAAGGCCAGGCCGAAGUAA